AUGUUAUCAAGACUUUGUCAGUCUGCUCGACGAUUGACCUUCAGGAGCUUUAGCACAGCAGGAGUAGCAUCAGAAGAGCCUAAUUUCUUGGAAAUGGUUAACAUUAACUACGAUAGGGCUUGCCAACAUCUUGAUAUUGACCCAGCUGUAUUAGAACUUAUCAAACGUUGUGACUCGUCGUUAACAAUGACAAUCCCAUUAAGGAGAGAUGACGGAGCUGUUGAAUAUUUCACAGCCUACAGAGCUCAGCACUCCAGACAUCGUACCCCAACCAAAGGAGGCACCAGGUAUGCCCCAGAUGUCGAUCUUGUCGAAGUGACUGCAUUGGCGUUCUUGAUGACCUUGAAGUGUGCCUGCGUCAACUUGCCUUUUGGAGGUGGAAAGGGUGGGAUCAAGCUGGAUCCGAAAAGUUUAAGUGUGGGAGAAUUGGAAAGACUGACUAGAAGAUAUGCAAUUGAGCUGGCGAAGAAAGGAUUUUUAAAUCCAGCCACAGAUGUACCAGGACCUGACCUUGGAACUGGAGAAAAAGAAAUGGCUUGGAUGAUGGAAGCUUAUAGAUUUUAUAAUUAUGACAAUAUAUAUGCAACUGCAACUACAACUGGGAAACCAGUUUCCUUUGGAGGGAUCUCAGGGAGAACUGAGUCCACUGGUCUUGGUCUUUAUUACUGUCUUACUCUUCCUUAUUUAAUAUCGAGCAAAACUAAUAUUUUUUUAAGAAUAUUUGUUUAUAUAUUCUUGUAAUUUUUCUAAAUCUUUUGUUUAAUUUAUUUUAAUUAUAUUUGUAAUGAUUUAAAACAUCUUCUAUUUUUAAAACAAAAAUAUUUGAUACAAGUGUCUGCUUAUUGAUUUUCUCUUUAAAUUUCUAUAUAGCAUAAUUUUUAAAAUAUUAAAAUCAACAUUUUUUGAUGAAAUUAUUUCCAAUUAAUAAAGUCAAAAACAGUUCUUUAUUUAAAUUCGGGACAAAUUUAGAGAGUUCCUUAAUGAUCCUUACUAUACAAACCCAGUAGGCUUAAAAACUGGAAUAAAAGACAAGUCUUUGAUUGUCCAAGGCUUUGGAAAUGUAGGCUACUGGGCAACCAAUUUCUUAGAAAAAGAUGGCGCUAAGCUAUUAGGUGUCAUUGAAAGAGAUGGAGCCGUCUUUAAUGAAAGUGGUAUUUCAGUCGAUGAAGUCAAGAAAUAUUUGAUUAAAAAAGGUACUCUUAAAGGAUUCCCUAAAGCUCAGUUCUACGAGGACGUCCAAGACGUUUUUAAAAAGCCAUGCGAUGUGCUUAUUCCUGCAGCUGUUGAAAGAUCAAUCACAGGCAAAAAUGCUGUAAACUUCCAAUGCAAAAUUGUAGCUGAAGGUGGGAAUGGCCCUACAACUCCGAGAGGAGAAGACGUUCUUGCCUCAAAAGGCAUCCUUGUGCUUCCAGAUUUAUUGAUGAAUGCUGGAGGUGUGACUGUUUCUUAUUUCGAAUACGUCAAAAACCUAGGCUUUAUCAGACCAGGAAUGCUCACCAGAAAGCUCGAAUCCACCACAAAUAAAUGGAUCAUCGAUAAAGUCAUGCAAGGCGACACAAAACCAAGCAAAGGAACCAUCAGCAAAAUUCUUGACGGCCCAAGCGAACAAGAUUUGGUGUACUCUGGGCUAGAAGACGUCAUGUGUGAAGCUGUCGCUGAAACCAAGAAAACAAGCCAAGAAAAAGGGGUUUCUCUGAGGCUUGCAGCAUAUACAAAUUCCAUCAAAAGAAUUUAUGACUCAAUGAAGCUAACUCUUUAG